AUUUUAGAAGGCUCAGCAUCGGAAGUUGGGCGCAGUGCUGUGUCGCGUGUCCGCUGAUGCGCGUGCUCGUCACGUCGGGAAAAGGAGCGAGCAAACGUCACAGACUCCUGGCUCAGGAGGCUCCCCGCUGCACGCGACAGUACGCUCCUCGAAGCAGAAGCUCCGGCUGUGCCUCCGCCUGCUCCGCCCGUGAGUCUGCCUGCGGGUGGAGGAUGCUCUGCUCCUCCUCCCGCUGUGGGGAGUCAGGACUUUCCUCUCAGUCAUCCGGCCGGGAUGCUGCGCUGUGAGCCCGGGGCUGCUCCCCGCCUCUGCCCGCUGGAGUUGGCUCAUCUGCCGGGAUUAAACACUCGCUGUCAUCCUCUCCUCCGCUGCGCGGUCGCUUCUUCUUCGUUGAUUUUGCGGCUCUGGGUCGUUUGACUUCCUGACUGCUGGUUUUACUCGCGCGCAGAUUUGUGAAUGAGCCGCGAUCCUCCCGGGGAGAAGGUGCUGUGAGCGCGCGGGGGGCAGGAUGGAGGCGGCCGGUCGGGAUGGAGGAUUAGAGCACGGAGGGAUUAAAUCCUCCACCAGCCGCUGACUUUGGUUUUGUGGGUUUGGAGAAGUUUCCAGACUGUUCGCGUCCUCCGUGUUUUUGAGGAGUGGGUGGAAGGAGUGAGAGAGUGAUAAACGUGGAAAAGUUUCUCGCGUGGUGAUUCCAGCUGCAGUGAAACGGCUCUGAGUGGGGAGGCUCGGCGGGAGCAGCUCCCGGGGAAUCGCGGAGAUGAUGAAGGUCUCACGGUGCUGAAACCAGAGGACUCAGACUUUACGCGAGGAUUACAGUCACGGCAUCACAUGAACGGAGGAAUAUGAACCAUCACAUUUACGGUAAAUCUCGGAGCUGACGUCCAAUCAGCUUCUGCGCGUGCAUCGUGAUGAAGAGUCGAAGGAAGUCCGAGUCCUGAAACUGUGGGCGCGAACUUUUCUUCAGACGACAGCCGAACUCGGUGACCCCGGCUCAGGCAGGUGACCCCGCUCACAGUUCCGUUACCGGGUCUCUGGAUCCAGAGGGAGGAGCUGCGGGAGCGGGCGGGCGGUACCGGAGCCCCUCAGAUGAGCGAAUAUGUCGGACCGGAGCGCCCCGGGCUGCCGGCUCAGACUGGACUGGGUCUACGGGUACCGGGGGCACCAGUGCCGGAAUAACCUGUACUACACGGCGGGGAAGGAGGUGGUGUACUUCGUGGCCGGGGUUGGAGUGGUUUACAACACCAGAGAGCACAGCCAGCGGUUCUACCUGGGACACAAUGACGACAUCAUCAGGCGUGGACGGAUCCCAGCUGGCUCUGGGCAUGAAGGACGGAUCCUUCACUGUGCUGAGAGUCAGGGACAUGACUGAGGUCGUUCACAUCAAGGACAGGAAGGAGGUGAUCCACGAGAUGAAGUUCUCGCCGGACGGCGCCUACCUCGCUGUCGGUUCCAACGAUGGACUGGUGGACAUCUACGCUGUCGCUCAGAGAUACAAGAAGGUUGGAGAGUGCAGCCAGUCCUCCAGUUUCAUCACUCACCUGGACUGGACGCUGGACAGCAAGAUCCUGCAGACCAACGACGGAGCUGGAGACCGCUUCUUCUACCGGAUGCCCCUGGGGAAGCUGGUCAGUAAGGAGGAGGUCAAAGGUCAGCGAUGGGCCUCCUGGAGUGGCGUGCUGGGCUCGGAGGUCAGCGGCAUCUGGCCUAAAUACUCAGCCCAGACCGAGAUCAACGCCGUGGACGCCAACCCCUCCGCCGCCGUACUCGUCACCGGAGACGACCUCGGCCUCGUGAAGCUCUUCCGCUUCCCCUGCGUGAGGAAAGGAGCCAAGUUUAAGAAGUACAUCGGCCACUCGGCCCACGUCACCAACGUCCGCUGGUCACAUGACCUGCAGUGGGUGCUGACCACAGGUGGGGCCGACCACGCCCUCUUCCAGUGGAGGUUUCUGCCGGAGUCGGUCAUGAACGGAGGCCCGGACGUCAACAUCCAAGACAGUCACGGAGACUCCAACAGCGAGGAGUCGGACAGCGACGUGUCUGACGUCCCGGAGCUCGACUCUGACAUCGAGCAGGAGACGCAGAUUCACUACGACAGACCGGUGUAUAAAGAGGACCUGCCUCAGCUGCGACAGCAGAGCAGAGAGAAGAAGCAGCAGGUUGGAUCUCUGAAGAGGCAGAAAGGACCGGACCAAGGCCUGCGACUGCAGUUUGUUCACGGUUACCGUGGCUACGACUGCAGGAACAACCUGUUUUACACGCAGGGCGGGGAGGUGUUGUACCACGUAGCAGCGGUGGGCGUGGUCUACAACCGUCAGCUGCAUAGCCAGCGCUUCUACCUGGGCCACGACGAUGACAUCCUGAGCCUCAGCAUCCACCCGCUGAAGGACUACGCCGCCACGGGACAGGUGGGGAGGGACCCGGCCGUCCACGUGUGGGACAUCCAGACUCUGAAGUGCCUCUCUCUGCUCAAAGGCUUUCAUCAGAGAGGAGUGUGUGCGCUGGACUUCUCAGCUGAUGGGAAGAGUCUGGUUUCGGUGGGAAUCGAUGAUGGACAUUCGAUCGUCGUCUGGGACUGGAAGAGAGGAGAGAAACUCGCCACUGCCCGGGGUCACAAGGACAAGAUCUUCGUGGUGAAGUGUAAUCCCAUGGUCACGGACAAACUGGUCACUGUGGGAAUCAAACACAUCAAGUUCUGGCAGCUUGCAGGUGGCGGUUUGACCUUCAAGCGCGGCGCUUUUAGGAGCAUCGGCCGGCCGGAGACCAUGAUGUCGGUGUGCUACGGCCGCACUGAGGCGCUGGUGUUCUCCGGAACCGCCACCGGAGACGUUUACAUCUGGAAGGAGCCGCUGCUGCUGAAAACGGUGAAGGCCCACGACGGGCCGGUGUUCGCCACGUUCUCCCUGGACAAGGGCUUUGUGACGGGUGGGAAAGACGGCGUGGUGGAGCUGUGGGACGACAUGUUUGAUCGCUGCCUGAAAACCUACGCCAUCAAGAGAGCAGCGCUGUCCCCGGGGUCGAAAGGACUGUUGCUGGAGGACAACCCGUCCAUCAGGGCCAUCACCCUGGGUCACGGUCACAUCCUGGUGGGAACCAAAAACGGAGAAGUUCUGGAGAUUGACAAGACCGGACCCAUGACCCUGCUGGUGCAGGGUCAACAUGGAGGGCGAGGUUUGGGGUUUGGCCCCCCACCCCCUCCUCCCCGUCUGCGCCACCGUCAGCGAUGACAAAACGCUGCGGCUGUGGGAAACGUCAGCCAAUCACCGCAUGGUGGCCGUCCGCAAGCUGAAGAGAGGCGGUCGCUGCUGCGCCUUUUCUCCUGACGGGAAAGCGUUGGCGGUCGGUCUGAGCGACGGCGGCGUGCUGGUGGUGAACGCAGACACACUGGAGGACCUGCUGAGCUUCCACCAUCGGCGUGACGCCAUUUCUGAUAUCCG